AUGGGCCGUGCCGCGCCCGUCCCGCCGCGGGGCUCCGGGCAGCGCCCGGCCCGUUCCCCGCCCGCACCGGGGCCCGCGCGGGAGCUGCGGGCCGGACCCGCCGUUUCCGUGGCGACGCGCCGCGCGCCGGUGCGGCCGCUGGGCAUCACGGGACAGCGAGUGCGCGGCCGACCCGCGCCCACCGCCCCGCCGCGGCCGGCGACUACUGCCCCCAUAAGCCCCCGCGGCAAAAGGAUGUACCUCCCCUUCCUCCCGAGCCCCCCUGCCAUUGGCCCCGCUGAGCCGCCAGUCAGCAGCACGGCGGCGCCCGAUUGGCCAAGCGGCGGCGGGCCCGCGGCGGCGGCGAUGGCGGCCGAGCGGGCCGUGAGGGAGCGGCGGCCGCCAUUUUGUGUGUGUGGAGGCCGGGCCCGCGCCGCGCCGCCGCCCCCGGCCCGCCCUGCCCCGGGAGCGGAGCUCACGGCUCCCCGCCGGCCCUCAGUGGCAGCUGCGGGCAGGGAGGCUCUGAGCUGCCAGCAGCCUCUCCCCAGCGAGCGGCGGGCCCGGCCGCCUCCAGCCUCGGGUGCUUUGGCUGCUGAGCUGCACAACUCCUUGUCCAGAAGGGACCCCACCUGGCUCUGGGGGGGCAUUCAGGUCUCCCUGAAGAAGCAGGAACAAAGGGCAGUUGGCUCCAGCAGCCUGGGAAGGAGCAGAGUGGUGGCAGCAGCAGAAGGGAUGUGCCUCAGAGGCCUGGCAGCAGCGGCUGCCUCCCCCCCAGGGGUCACUGCCCUCGGCUGCCUCCCCCUCAGCAGGGAGUAACUGCUGCCCUUUCCUCUCUGGGCACCGCCAGGAGCUUACUUGUUCUCAGUGAGCCGAGCUGGGCUGGAGCUCGCCUGCCCUGGCCUCUGUGGGGAAGCUCCUGCACCUUACUGAGCCACUCCGAGGUUCCAAGGCUCCCCCAGCGCCGUGGGUCCGUGUGUGCCGGGGCUCUGGGCGCAGGAGGGGCCCGGCUGAGCCUGUGCCAGGAGCUGAGGUGCGGUGCCUCCGUUCCUGCAGUGGGCACAGAAUAAAGGAGGCCGUGCUGGUGGAGCCCCAGCAGCCUGGGCAGCUCACCCAUGUGCUACUUGUCCCUCA